CAGGGCGGGGUUCUGCGCUGAGGCAUAGGGGUGUGUAUCUGCUUUAAAUACCGAGCAACCUCUUGUCGGACAUGCGUAAAAGUUCCACAUCCAAAGAGCGGCGCACGUCACGAGAAGAAAGUUUUUAAUCAACCUUUAAAAGAGCGCCGCAUUGUUACACAGGGAGAACAAGAAGAAGAAGUCUCCCCGCUGACCCGAAAGAAGAAUCCAAUCAGAAUGCCAGGUGAGCGACUGACAGUUCGAAGCCCGGCCGAAAUUGGCCGUUUCCCCGGAGCGGCCCCGCCCCUCAGGGUAGAGCUUACCAUUCAGAGCCAAGAGGGGAAGAAGCAGGAGGAGGGAGGCUGCCGUCGCUGGUUCAGGAAGAUCUGCCCAUGCUGCUGUAAGCGGCAAAACGGCACGUCCUAUGACAUCACAGACAAGGUGGAGUACACCAAGCCCCCGACCGCCGCUGCGGUCACCAUGCCCGAGCCUGUCAAGCCAAAGCCUGAGAAUGGAGAGAUGAAGGAAACCGAAGUCAAGCUGUCAGUGUGCUCGGUGGACCUUCUGAGCUCCCAGAGUGGACAGAACAGAGUGGAGCACCACACCGAUCUGUACCAUGGGGACGAGCUGAUCAUCCGCAGAGGACAGGCCUUCCAGAUGGAGAUAGAGUUCAGCAGGCCCUUCAGUGCUGACACGGACAAAAUGCGCUUGGAGCUGAAAACAGGUCCCCUGCCCAUCGUUUCUAAAGGGACCCAUGUCAUCAUUCCGCUGGUGGAGCACAUGGAUGACGAGCGCUGGGAGGCCAAGAUCACAGAGCAGACCGGCAACAAGAUCAGGCUGUCCGUAAACUCCCCGGCCAGCGCGGUGAUCGGCCUGUACGGCCUCACGGUCACGACUAGCUCUGCCAAGGACGGGGAGCCGACAGUCCACAGCUCCAACAAGGACAUCGUCAUGCUCUUCAAUCCUUGGUGUGAAGAGGAUACCGUGUUCCUGGAUAAUGAAGAGCAGAGGAAAGAGUAUGUGCUGAACGACAUUGGGAGGAUUUACUACGGCACAGAGAAGCAAAUCGGCGCCCGCACGUGGAACUUUGGGCAGUUUCAUGAGGGAAUCCUGGAUGCAUGCCUGUUCAUCUUGGAGAAGAGUGACAUGCCCCCAUCUGGCAGAGGGGAUCCGGUCAAUGUGGUCAGAGUCAUUUCCGCCAUGAUAAAUGCACAGGACGACUAUGGGGUCCUGGUUGGGAACUGGUCGGGGAAUUACGCCGACGGAGUCUCUCCUGCAGCCUGGAGCAGCAGUGUGGAGAUCCUGAGGAAAUACCACUCCUCCACCGGAACGCCCGUGAAAUACGGGCAGUGUUGGGUCUUCUCCGGGGUCACUACUACGGUGCUGCGCUGCCUUGGCAUACCUGCCCGUAGUGUGACCAACUUCCAGUCUGCACACGACACCGAUGUAUCCCUCACUACAGAUAUUUACUUUGAUGAGAAUAUGGAGCCAAUUGACCUGCUUAACAGUGACUCUGUCUGGAAUUUCCAUGUCUGGAAUGACUGCUGGAUGGCCAGACCAGACCUGCCCCCUGGCCACGGAGGCUGGCAGGCUGUUGACUCCACACCCCAAGAAACAAGCCAGGGCACCUUCCGCUGUGGCCCAGCCUCUGUCAACGCCAUCCGCUCUGGCCAGGUCUACCUGAAACACGACACACCUUUCGUCUUUGCUGAGGUCAACAGUGACAAAAUCUACUGGCAGAGGAACCUGGACGGUACUUUCUCCCAGGUCUACAGCGAGAAGAAAGCGGUUGGGCACUGCAUUAGCACCAAGGCAGUGGGCUCUGAUGAGCGGAAUGACAUCACACACCUGUACAAACACCCAGAAGAAUCUGAGGAGGAGCGCAUUGCUGUGGAGACAGCAUGUCGGUAUGGCAGCAAGCCAGACGUCUACUCCGUUCCUGCAUCCGAGGAUGUGACCGUGGAGGUGAAGAUAGACGGCGAGGGGCCUAGGAUGGGCACCGACGCCAAGCUGAGCAUUGUGGUAAAAAACCAGAGCUCACAGCCCCGCCAGACAACGCUACACAGCCAGGUGGCCGUCAUGUACUACACCGGCGUGCUGAAGAACGCCAUCAAGAAGGAUAAGAUCCCUGUGGAGCUUUUGCCCAAUGAAGAAAAGAUUAUCGAAUGGGUUUUGCCGUACCAGCAGUACCAGAACCAGUUGGUGGACCAGGCUGCUCUGAUGCUGACACUGUCCGGAAGAGUCAGUGAAACCAAGCAAGUGUUGGCCAACCAGACAACGUUCAGACUCCGUACACCUGACCUCCAGAUCACGCCUCUGGGUGAAGCUGUGGUGGGUAAGGAGAUGUCAGCUAAGAUUACCUUCACCAACCCGCUGUCACGUAUACUGAAGGACGUCGUGUUCAGGGUGGAAGGCCUGGGCCUUCAGAAGGGUCAUGAAGUGGUCGUAGGUGAUGUGGGAGGCCAAGCCACAGUAACACUGACGGAGCACUUCAUCCCCACCCAACCUGGACCCAGGAAACUGGUGGCGUCGCUUGAUUGUAAACAGCUAACACAAGUACACGGAGUGGCCGACGUCGUGGUCCUCGAACAAUGAGAGCUUCAAAUUCUACUAAGUGUGCUAAUUCUCUGAAUUUUAAGCAGUCCUGUUUAUUUUUUACUGCUACAAAUUUUAUUCUGAACUAUGAAACAAUGAUUAACCACUGUAGCAUUAUCAGUAUUAUUAUUUUUGUAUUUAUCUGUUAUAAACUUAACUCUUGUGUCGUGCUCUGGUUGGGCAUGCAGACGGUAUUGAACAAAGGCUUUAAUUAGCUUUUACUAAACAGAUGAACCUAUUCUAACACUAGUGAAAUGUAAAACACUGAACAAAAAAAAAAAAAAAAAACCUGUGAUGGUUCACAGUGGGGCCAUUCUGUUUUUAUGUUAACGUCUGUUUGUGUGGUUCAUUUGGAAUCUGUUAAUGUGAAGAUUAUUGACAAAAGGAACAACUUUACAUGGUUCAAAUGAAGGAGGAGUUCUGUACAUGGUUUAAGAAGAAAUCUACUCAAAUUAUAAUUUUU